UAUUAGUAGGAUAGAGAUGGUUGAAUAAUUUAUUACCUCUUUUUACGUAAUUAAGAAUACCAAAAAAAAGAUGUUGAAAAUAUAAUAUUUUUUUUUGGGAACACGUUAAACAUAUAUUUAAUGGAGAAAAACGAAGCGACUUGUGAAUCUAUAAAACCCCCAUAACGACAUUCAACCUGUUCAUCUUCUUGGCGCUCGUCUGCUUCCAACCUGGAAAAUGGGUGAAUCUCACACUCGAGAGACUAAUGUCGUGCAGGUAGAUACCAGCCUAGACACUCAUCUCCUGGUUGUCCUUCACCGCCACGAAACCAUCUCCGAUUUCAAAGUGAAUCUAUGCAAGGAUCAUCUUCAGUGUUUUCCCAAACUUGGAGAAAUUGAUAUAUCUGCUGUUAAGGUUACUCGUCAGAAUCCAUCGGGUCUCCUUUUGGAUUAUUGCAUGCCAGAUUCUACGCUCUUGAGUAGGGUUUUGGACGGCAUCGGUCAUGAUUGCUGGUCUGUGUUUGUUGAUGCUGCCGUCAAAGUUGAAAAGCGUGAGCUCCCGGGUGAAAAUUGUUUAAACCAUGAGUUGCUGCUUGAGAAUGGUUCUCUGGAACUGGAAGAAGAUUUGGAAGCUGAGAAGACAAGAAAGAAGAGGGAACUGGAACUUUCCUCCGAUGGAGAAAAGAGUCGGAAAAAAACAAAGGUUGAUCUUAAUCAAUCUGCUGCUGCUAUAACUGAUGUUGAUGAGUGUCACGAGUUGCAUGGAAAUGUUCAUCUUGAAGUUGUUGCUACUGAAUCUUCACCGAGUAAAAAACUUCAGGAAACAACCAGAGAAGAAACAGAGAUGGGUGAGAAAUCUGUGGAAGAUGUGGGAAGAGUAAACGCUGAUACUGAUGAUCUGGUUACCCACCAGGCAAAUCAUUUGGACAGUAGCAGUGGCUUGACAACCAGAUCAGAAGAUGACAUCAAUCAGUCUUCUGCAGCUGCUCUUACAACUUCAAAUGUAGAGAGUGUUGCUGCUGCUCCUGAAUCUCUUCCAGCCUCUGGAGGAGACAAUCAUGGUAACCCUUUUGCUGAAGCAAGUCAGAAAGAUAAAAUUGGAACAGAUGAUCUGGUGAGCCAUCAUUUGGACACUAACAUUGGGCUAACAGCCAGACCAGAUACAGAAAAGAAGAGUUCAGAAGAUGACACAAAUCAAACUUCUGCUACUGCAAAUGUAGAAGAACGUGUUGAUGCUGCUACACCUGCUGCAUCUUUUCCAAUCUCUAGAGGAGAAAAUCUUGAUGAUUCUUUUGCAGAAGCAAUUCAGAAAGAAAAUGAGCUGGUUCAGAUUUUUAUCGAUGAUGUGGGAAGAGAUCAAACUGAAACUGACAAUCAUUUGGACACUGUCAAUGAGGUUACCACCAGACCUGUUACAGAGAAGAAAAAAAGAAGAAAGAAGAGAUCAAAAGAUGCCAUCAUCAGUCAGUCUUUUUCUGCUUCUAUUACAACUUCAAGAGAUAUUGUGAAUGAGAUUGGAGGAGUUCCUUCAAAUGUUGAUUCUGUUGAUGCUACUCUUGAAUCUCUUCCAAUCUCAAGAAGAGAAAAUCCUUCUACAGAAGCAAGUCAUAAAGAAACUGAGACGGGUGAGAACAGCGGCGGACCCAUGCCUUUAGCAGGUGGGGCACGUGCCACAGCCUGUUUUUUAAAUUUUAUUGUGCAGAGGUCCAAACAUGCGGAAAUUGAAAAGAAUGAAACCGAGGAAAACAAUGCUUCUCUGGAGGUUGCAGACUCCCAAGAAUUGUCAGAUGAGGUGAACAAUGCUGCCAUGGAGGAGACCCCUCUCAUGAAGAACCCACAAGAUACAGAAAAUCUUGAUGAUUCUUUUGCAGAAGCAAUUCAAAAAGAAAAUGAGCUGGUUCAGAUUUCUAUCGAUGAUGUUGGAAGAGGUCAAAUUGAAACUGACAUCCACACAUCAAAUUAUUUGGACACUGUCAGUGCGGUUACCGCCAGACCAGUUACAGAGAAGAAAAAAGGAAGAAAGAAGAGAUCAAAAGAUGCCAUCAUCAGUCAGUCUUUUUCUGCUUCUAUUACAACUUCAAGCGAUAUUGUGAAAAGAAAAACCAAAAAAUCCAAGACCCCAGCUGAAGAAGAUACUCUGGUCGUUUCCUCUGAAGCACACAAUGUUGAGCCUAUCAAAGCUGUGGAAGGAGAAGAGCCUGAUAAUAUUAUCAGAAAUGUAACAGGUUCUUUGCAGGAAAACAAUGCUUCUCUGGAGGUUGCAGACUCCCAAGAAUUGUCAGUUGAGGUAAACAAUGCUUCUCUGGAGGUUGCACAGUCCCAAGAAUUGUCAGUUGAGGUAAACAAUGAUGCUAUGGAGGAGACCCCUCUCAUGAACAACCCACAAGAUACUGAGAGCGAUGCUUCACUUUUGAGAAAAUGCUCUGAGGUCGCUGAUGAUGCUGCGGAUAAGAGCCUUUCGAAGACAAGUCCAAUAGAGAAGGCUGAUAUUGGAGACAAUUUUGGUUCUAGCCAAAAUCACGAGAAACCAGAACAAGUGGCUGGUGGAGCUAAAUCUAAAAAAAAGGAGAAGAAGGGGCUUGAUCUUCAUCCAAGCGGUUCCUCUAAUUGUUCAUUGAGCUCACUGAAACGGAAAGAUAAAAAAAAUAGAGCUCAACAACCAGCUAGUUCAAGUACAGAUCAUUUGCAGUCAAGGGUUCCAAAUAAGACGUCUGAUGUCUGCGCAGGAAACAAUCUGGAUAGAACAAAUAAGUUUUCAGAGAGCCUAUAAGAUAAUAUCCUGAGAAGAUCAAGCAGUUACAAGAAGGCUUUAAUUAGAGCUCAGUCACAACCGUAGAUUGCAUUCCUUACCUAUUUAUUAUAUUUGUCUGGUUUAGUGCUGACUAAAACCCGAUAAUGACGUUUAAAAGUCAUGUCUUAUAUUAAAAGUCACCACAAGUGUCCACAACGUUAGCUUGAUUUUAUGUCUUAUAUUUUUUCCUCA